AGCCGGAGGAGAGGGGAUCUGGCUGCGCCCCGGAGCCGGGCGGAGAGGGAAGGGAAGAAGGAAACCCAAGCCCCCCCCCCCCACCACCAAGAAAACUCUUUGCCACGGCAGGAAGAUGGCGCAGGACUGGCAGGCGGUGGUGUGAACGGGCAGCGGCCGGACUGGGCGUGGAAGGCCGGCUCCCCCGUCGGGAUCAUGUCGCUCUGCGAGCUCUACAGUCAGUUCACAAGAGUCUGGAUCCCUGACCCUGAUGACGUAUGGCGAUCAGCAGAAAUUACAAAGGGCUACAAAGAGGGAGAUAAAAGCCUACAACUCAAACUUGAAGAUGAAACUAUCUACGAAUACCCACUUGAUCUCAAAAGCAACCAGUUCCCCUUCUUGCGGAAUCCGGAUAUCUUGGUGGGAGAAAAUGACUUGACGGCUCUUAGCUAUCUCCAUGAACCGGCAGUUUUGCACAACUUAAAAGUCCGUUUCUUGGAGUCGAACCACAUAUACACCUACUGUGGCAUUGUGCUUGUUGCCAUUAACCCCUACGAACAGUUGCCAAUCUACGGACAAGAUGUCAUCUACGCAUACAGCGGCCAAAACAUGGGUGACAUGGACCCUCACAUUUUUGCUGUGGCCGAGGAGGCCUACAAGCAGAUGGCCAGAGAUGAAAAGAACCAGUCCAUCAUUGUGAGCGGGGAGUCUGGAGCUGGAAAGACUGUGUCAGCCAAAUACGCCAUGCGCUACUUUGCCACGGUUGGAGGCUCUGCCAGUGAAACCAACAUUGAAGAGAAAGUUCUCGCAUCCAGUCCUAUCAUGGAGGCCAUUGGAAAUGCUAAGACCACUCGGAAUGACAACAGUAGUCGUUUUGGAAAAUACAUCCAGAUCGGCUUUGAUAAAAGAUAUCACAUCAUCGGUGCCAACAUGCGAACAUAUCUUUUGGAAAAAUCCAGAGUUGUGUUUCAGGCAGAUGACGAAAGGAAUUAUCACAUCUUCUACCAGCUCUGUGCCUCAGCCAGCCUUCCAGAGUUUAAAGAGCUAGCACUAACAUGUGCCGAGGACUUUUUCUACGCCGCUCAGGGACGUGACGCAUCUAUUGAAGGGGUGGAUGAUGCCGAAGACUUCGAAAAGACCAGACAGGCCUUCACUCUUCUUGGAGUGAGAGAAGCCCAUCAAAUGAACAUUUUUAAGAUAAUCGCUUCCAUUCUGCACCUUGGAAAUGUGGACAUUCAAGCUGAACGAGAUGGGGAGGCGUGUAGCAUUUCAACCCACGAUGAGCACCUGAACAAUUUUUGCAGAUUGCUGGGAGUAGAAAACAGCCAGAUGGAACACUGGCUGUGCCACCGCAAACUGGUUACAACCUCCGAGACCUACGUGAAGACCAUGUCCGUGCAGCAGGUUAUCAAUGCCAGGAACGCUCUGGCCAAGCACAUUUAUGCCCAGCUGUUCAACUGGAUUGUGCAGCACAUCAACAAAGCCCUACACACCACCCUCAAGCAGCACUCUUUCAUUGGCGUCCUGGAUAUCUACGGAUUUGAAACCUUUGAAGUGAAUAGCUUCGAACAGUUUUGCAUCAACUACGCAAAUGAAAAACUCCAGCAGCAGUUCAACUCGCAUGUUUUCAAACUGGAGCAAGAGGAGUACAUGAAAGAGCAAAUUCCCUGGACCCUUAUAGAUUUUUACGAUAACCAGCCUUGUAUUGAUCUAAUAGAAGCUAAACUGGGUAUCUUGGACUUGCUGGAUGAAGAAUGUAAGGUUCCCAAAGGAACUGACCAGAACUGGGCUCAGAAAUUGUAUGAUCGCCAUGCCAGCAGCCAACACUUCCAAAAGCCUCGCAUGUCCAAUACUUCCUUCAUUGUCCUUCAUUUUGCAGAUAAGGUGGAAUACCAUUCCGAAGGGUUUCUUGAGAAGAACAGAGACACUGUGCAUGAGGAGCAGAUCAACAUUCUGAAGGCCAGCAAGUACCCACUGGUGGCUGACUUAUUUCAAGAUGAGAGAGAUUCAGCACCUACCUCCUCAGCUGGAAAAGGAGCACCUUCGAAAAUCAGCAUCCGCUCUUCCAAGCCUCCCUUGAAAGCUUCCAACAAAGAACACAAGAAGACUGUCGGGCACCAGUUCCGCACCUCUUUGUACUUGCUCAUGGAGACCCUGAACGCCACCACUCCUCACUACGUACGCUGCAUCAAACCCAAUGACGAAAAGCUUCCGUUCCACUUUGAUCCCAAGAGAGCAGUUCAGCAACUAAGAGCCUGCGGAGUAUUGGAGACUAUCCGAAUCAGUGCAGCAGGAUACCCAUCAAGGUGGGCCUACCAUGACUUCUUCAACAGGUACAGAGUGCUCAUCAAGAAGAGGGAUCUCUCUAAGACUGAUAAAAAGGAGAUCUGCAAAAUGGUCCUGGAAAGCCUCAUAAAGGACCCUGACAAGUUUCAGUUCGGUCGCACGAAGAUCUUUUUCCGGGCGGGCCAGGUGGCCUACUUGGAGAAGCUGCGGGCAGACAAAUUUCGGGCAGCCACCAUCAUGAUCCAGAAGACCGUGAGGGGCUGGCUGCAGAAGGUGAAAUAUCGUCGUUUACGAGGGGCCACCAUGACCCUGCAGAAGUACACACGAGGAUACUUGGCUCGCAGGCUGGCUGAGCACCUACGGCAAACCAGAGCUGCCACGGUCCUGCAAAAGUACUAUCGGAUGCAGAGGAUUUACCAGGCCUACCAGAGGAUCCGCAGUGCUGCCAUCGUCAUCCAGGCCUUCACCCGCGGCAUGUUCGUGCGGAGAGCAUAUCGCCAGGUCCUGUUGGAGCACAAGGCCACCAUCGUUCAGAAAUACUCCCGGGGCUGGAUGGCCCGAAAGAGGUUCCGUCAGUUAAGGAAUGCGGCUAUUGUGAUCCAGUGCUCUUUCAGGCGACUGAAGGCCAGGCGGGAGCUGAAGGCCCUCAAGAUCGAGGCCCGGUCUGCCCAGCACCUGAAGCGGCUCAAUGUUGGGAUGGAGAACAAAGUAGUCCAGCUACAGAGGAAGAUUGAUGACCAGAACAAAGAGUUCAAGACUCUGAACGAGCAGCUUUCCACAGUGACCUCUGCCCACACCAUAGAGGUGGAGAAGCUGAAGAAGGAGCUGGCCCGCUACCAGCAGAGCCAGGGAGGGGACGACAGCCAGCGCCUCAGUUUGCAAGAGGAAAUCGAGACCCUCAAGGUGGAGCUCGGGAAAGCCCACUCGGAGAAGAAGAUCCUAGAGGAUGUCCAUGCCCAAGAGAAGGAUGAACUGAGAAAGCGAGUCUCUGCUCUGGAGAAAGAAAACGCUCUUUUGAAACAUGAAAAAGAGGAGCUCAACAACCAAAUCCUUGGCCAAACUAAAGAUGAAUUUGCCCAAAACACCAUAAAGGAAAACAUGCUGAUGAAAAAGGAUCUGGAGGACGAAAGAUCACGGUACCAGAAUCUUGUGAAGGAGUAUUCCCGGCUGGAGCAGAGAUAUGACAACCUGAGGGAUGAGAUGACAAUUAUAAAGCAAACCCCAGGGCACAGGAGGAAUCCAUCGAAUCAGAGCAGCCUGGAGUCCGACUCCAAUUACCCUUCAAUCUCAACAUCCGAGAUAGGAGACACCGAAGACACCAUGCAGCAGGUGGAGGAAAUUGGCUUGGAGAAAGCAGCCAUGGACAUGACUGUCUUCUUAAAGCUCCAGAAGCGAGUGAGAGAGCUGGAACAAGAAAGGAAGAAGCUUCAAACUCAGCUGGAGAAAAAAGAGCAACAGGAAAACAAGAAAGCCCAGGUAACCGAACCGAAGGAUGAUGGUAUGGACCAGGAGGCAGAUCUGGCCUACAACAGUCUGAAGAGACAAGAGUUGGAGUCAGAGAACAAAAAACUGAAGAACGAGGUCAACGAACUGAGGAAGGCCGUGGCAGACCAGGCCACGCGGGACAACUCCACCAAUGACACCCAGGACAGCUACACCCUCCUGCUGAACCAGCUGAAGUCGGCCAACGAGGAACUGGAGGUCCGCAAGGAGGAGGUGCUCAUUCUGAGGACCCAGAUUGUCAGCACGGACCAGAAGAGGCUGGCCGGCCGAAAUGAGCCCAACAUUAACGCCCGUACAAGCUGGCCCAACAGCGAGAAGCACGUCGACCAAGAGGAUGCAAUCGAGGCCUACCAUGGGGUCUGCCAGACCAACAGCAAGGCUGAGGACUGGGGAUAUUUGAAUGAAGAUGGAGAACUCGGCUUGGCCUACCAAGGCCUAAAGCAAGUUGCCAGGCUGUUGGAGGCCCAGCUCCAGGCGCAGAGCAGAGAGCACGAAGAAGAGGUGGAAGCACUCAAAGCCCGCGUGGAAGGCCUGAAGGAGGAAAUGGAGAAGCAGCAGCAAACCUUCUGCCAGACACUGCUCUUAUCACCUGAAGCCCAGGUGGAAUUUGGAGUCCAGCAAGAAAUGACUCGCCUGACCAACGAAAACCUGGACCUUAAGGAAGUAGUGGAAAAACUGGAAAAAAAUGAGAAGAAACUGAAGAAGCAAUUGAAGAUUUACAUGAAGAAAGUCCAGGAUCUAGAAGCAGCCCAGGCACUAGCCCAGAGUGAAAGGAAGAGGCAUGAGCUCAACAGACAGGUUGCCGUCCAGCGCAAGGAGAAGGAUUUCCAAGGGAUGCUGGAAUACUACAAAGAAGAUGAGCCGCUUCUCAUCCGAAAUCUGGUCACAGAUCUGAAGCCCCAGACUCUGUUAGGCACAGUGCCGUGUCUCCCCGCCUACAUCCUCUACAUGUGCAUCAGGCAUGCAGAUUACAUCAACGAUGACCAGAAGGUUCACUCCUUGCUCACCUCCACCAUCAAUGGCAUCAAGAAAGUCCUAAAGAAGCACCACGAAGACUUCGAGAUGACAUCGUUCUGGUUGUCCAAUGCCUGUCGCCUCCUCCAUUGCCUAAAACAGUACAGCGGAGAUGAGGGCUUCAUGACCCAGAACACCCCCAAGCAGAACGAACACUGCCUCAAGAACUUUGACCUCACCGAAUACCGCCAGGUGCUGAGUGACCUUUCCAUCCAGAUCUAUCAGCAGCUCAUCAAGAUCGCGGAGGGCAUGCUGCAGCCUAUGAUAGUGUCUGCCAUGUUGGAAAAUGAAAGCAUCCAGGGUCUGUCUGGAGUGAAGCCCACAGGCUACAGGAAGCGGUCGUCCAGCAUGGUGGAUGGGGACAGUUCCUACUGCCUGGAUGCCAUUAUUCGCCAGAUGAAUUCCUUUCACAGCAUCAUGUGUGACCAGGGUCUCGACCCCGAGAUCAUUCAGCAGGUCUUCAAGCAGCUCUUCUACAUGAUCAAUGCUGUGGCCCUCAACAAUCUCCUUCUGAGGAAGGAUGUCUGUUCGUGGAGCACAGGAAUGCAGCUCAGGUACAACAUAAGCCAGCUGGAGGAGUGGCUGCGGGGGAAGAACCUCCAUCAGAGCGGGGCGGUGCUGACCAUGGAGCCCCUGAUCCAGGCGGCCCAGCUCCUCCAGCUGAAGAAGAAGACUUCCGAGGACGCCGAGGCCAUCUGCUCCCUGUGCACCUCCCUCACCACCCAGCAGAUUGUGAAAAUCCUAAACCUCUACACUCCCCUGAAUGAGUUCGAAGAGCGAGUGACGGUAGCCUUCAUACGAACGAUUCAGGCACAGCUUCAGGAGCGAAAAGACCCUCCGCAACUGCUUUUAGACUUCAAGCACAUGUUCCCAGUCUUGUUUCCUUUCAACCCGUCAUCCCUGACCAUGGACUCUAUUCACAUCCCAGCUUCUCUCAACCUAGAAUUUCUCAACGAGGUUUGAAGACAAAGGCUGCCAACCUCAGCUCCAGCCUCAAUGAGUUAAGCAAAAACAAAAUGAAUUUAAGGAUCUUUAUUUUAAUGCGGUAAAUAUGGACCAAAUCAGAUUUUUCAAGAAACCCUACAUGCUGAACCGUGCAGUAUAAGAAGACACUGGUCUUCAAUGUGAUUUUUUUUCUUGAUAGCCUGCAGCUCAGAAUAAGAAUACUUGAAAUACAGAAGUUUUUUGAUGUGUUUUUUUUAAUGGUUUGAUUUCAGACUAAAUGCAGUCUAUAGCUAUGUAAGAAUGUCUCCCCAUGUCAGGGAGAGCUAAUCCUGUCCAGGGGAAGCUGAUAGAGUUUUAUUCACAGCUUCAUCCACAUAAACGUCAAACCAACUGCAAAAUAAGGCAUUUAAUCUGCCUUCAGAGGGCUUCUAAGAAUUGAAGACAUUAUGUUCUUGGCACAAAUUGAGAUUUCCACAGGGAGAAGAGUCAGUUGUAAACAGUUGUUGCCCUGAGUGGUGUGUAGUGAGUUAUACUAUUGGGAAUGGAAGGAUUAUUUGGAAAGGUCCUCCAAAUUCCCGCAAUGCACUUGUGCAUCUAUCCCAAUCUCAGUGAUGAUGGCACUGAUGUUGGCAUCUGUUCUUUUCCCCUAGUCCUUAGUGUUUUGCUGAUUGUUGCUUCCUGGAGCAUCAGUUUCUGAGAAGGACCCUACUUAGCCUCCUUUUAUACAGACCUGUAGAUUUAUGGAAAGAGCGAGUGACUUUAAAGAUGCUGUCCUCUGGUAAAUUCAGACUGCUCAGUUAAGAGGUAGGAGAGCUUGCUGUGUACCUAGAUUUAAUCCAUGUUGCAUGUGUCCAGACUAGAGGCCUUUACGUAGGUAAUUCACAGAGACUGAAAGUUGACGAAGAGCAGUGACAGGAGUAGCAUCCAGUUUUUGACUGGCAGCAGUGAAAACCAAAAACACUAUCACCCUUCUUAAAGGUGAAAUGCCUCAUGGGUCCAGAAAGCAAGUAAGUGAUAUUUCAUUAUCAAAUAAAUAACCUAGGGUGAUUCAAACUCAGAAAAACAAACAGCAACUUCUUCUUGAGAUCAAAAGGUAUUUUUGGAAUGUAAGAAUGUGAUUUGUACAAAUCGAACGUAAUGUCUAGCUUAUGAAAAGCCACAAAUCAAAGAUAAUUUGGGGUUUUAGCAAUUCCCCUAGCGAGAAUGAAAGGAUGUUGGGGGUGGGGAGAGAGGAACUUGCCAUGUUCAACACUGAUUCUAUGAAUGUACACGUCUAGUUGCAAAAGUGUAAGAUGGUAGUGUUUAACUACGGGUUGGUAUUUCUCAGAAGUCAGUGUCUAUUUUAAAACACUCCAGUGUCAUUAUGUACUUUGCACUGGCUCUCUUGAGGCUUUUACCAUUAAAAUCACUAUUUGGAAAUAGAAGAAGAAAACGAUUAGCGUUGCCAAGGACGAGAAGUUAAGCCAGGACACCUGGGCAUGAUGGCAAGAGGGCAGUAGUGACUCUGCAAAGUCCUGGGGUGCCCCCUCCUUCCCCCCCUCUCCUCCCCAUGACCCCAGUUCUCCUUCCCAGUAGCCCAGGUAUUCCUGGAAGUUGGGACUGGGAAUAAGAGCAAUGAUGCCCAACCCCAACCUCACCCUGUCCUGCUCCCUGCCUGACUUGGCCAAAUGGCCACAGUGCAAAGUUCUCUCCUGCUGCUUCCCUCAUGUCAACCUUUCCUAGCCCCGCCUCCGGCCCUUGCCCUCCUCUCCCUCUGAGUCUGACUCUUGUCUGGCAGCCAUCACAGCAGCCCCUUGGGCGUGCAGUGGGGUCCCCAAACCCAGUUAGCGUGUCACUUUUGGCUAGGACCUCCUCUACCUCUGAGCCAAACAUGUUACCUUGGGUGUAGACCUUUGUGUCUGGCAACCAAUCUUAUUUGGUUCCAAAGGACGGUCCGCCAACAGUCAUUUAUAUGGCCGCCUCCAGCCGCUCAAGGACCCUGAAAAUAAUUGUGUUGCACUUUAUUGGGAAGUUUUAAUCUUCCUUCUCCUGCAAGGAAUAUCUUUAAACCUCUAUAUAACCAGAUGAGUUGAAAAGCAGACUAUUCAAAAGGACACUUUGAAUGAAAAAGUAGCCGUAUAAAUACAAAUACUCUCCCCAGCUGUCCUUACGCAUCAUUUAUCCCAGUAAUGCCCCCGGGCUUUGCAGGUUCCUUAACUUCUGCUUGAUGACUGCCCCUGCCAAGGAUAUGUAGAAUGAAUGGCUUAUAGAUUAUCUAUCCCAGGUGUAAAACUGGAGCUCAGAUUCAUCAUGGGAUAAAAGUCUUUCACUGGAGCUGUAAAGAACUUAAUUUAUGUGUAUAAUUUAAAAAGUGCUUUUCAAGGAGGGUAAGAAUAGUAAUACAUAAGAAUAGGUUAUUUAACAUUUGGGUCUGUAAUGCUGUAUUUAACUUAUCCACUUAGUCACUGUUUGGAAGGGGAAUCUUUAGAGAAAAUCUUCAAUGUACAAAAACUUUAUGAUAUCAUUAUUUUAUUCUUGGAGGGGUUUUUUUAGGCUAAUUCAGUUAGACACACCCUCAUGCCUAUUUCAAGUCCAUGAAAAUCAGGAAUGGCAUUUUGAUUUGUAGAACUUAGACCGAUAUGAAAUUAUAACUUUGCGAAUACCUUAUCUCAGAGACCUAGCUUUAUUUUUAAAUUAUUUAUCAUUAAGUUGAGCACUUUUCCCACUAUGUGCCUUCAGCUGUUACUAAGGUAACUGACUUCUCAAACACUAUUUCUCUGACGGAAAUGUUACUGUGGGAAGAAUAUUAAUAGCAUCCCAGUGGGCUUAUAAUUUUUCCAUUGAAACAUUACACUGAACUCUUUCUAGAAAUCACAGAGGCAGCAAAAUAUUUACAGAUCACAUGACUCCUUUAUUACUUUUUUUUUAAAGUAAGUAUUAUGUGGGAGCUACCUACUCUCCUCCCCGCCAACCCCCAAAAGAUCAUUCAGCAUCUCCCUCCUGCAACUGGUGAUCAUUCACAUUUGCAAAUGCAUGCAUCGGGUCUGAGGUCUCACUCCGCAGCCACUCCGCAGCUUUAUUACGGCACUUCUGGGCACAGGCAGGAUACAGUUUUUUUUUAUGGGAGUCUCUUUUUGUCUUUCCUUGAUGCGCAUGUCUGUACCUGCUCCUUUUGAUCUGCCACAGCUGCAGUUUUAUAGUUGUUUCUAAGGAAAUCGGGAGCUUGGCAAGUCAACCACCACCAUCUACAAUCCUCAAGCUUUAGCUCAGAGGCCCGGAUCACACUUUUUGAAAGGUGGCACUGCCGUCAAAUCCUUUAGCAUUCAACAAUACAUGGCCAAUCUAGCCCAUUUCAUUAGGGUGAACGAUACACUGCACCCAUUUAUUCACGAUUGACUGGAUAUUGAUAUCGACUUGAUAUUGUGGUCACAGAGUAGCGGAUAACUGACAACAAUACACUUUUGGCUACUAAAUCUGCCCCUGUAGAGUCCUGUUCUCCUCAUCCGGGUAGAACCUCUCGGUAAGUGCUUUACCUCUGCCAAGGGUACCGAUAUAAGCCAGAAUUUCUAGUAUAAGUGAACAACCCGGAUCGUUUCAUUCACUUCUCUCCUAUCCCUGAUGCUACAUUGGCCAAAGAAAAGAAAUUCUGACCCAGCACAGGAAUUAAUACCCCAGAAAAUAAAUCGCAAGGAUCAUUCUUACACUCUUUUUUUUUAAUAAAAAGCCAAAAGAGCAAUUUUUUUUCCUCCUUCAGUAUACAUGCUAGCAAAGAGGAUUCAUCUGAAAUAGCACACUCGGAAAAUAAUGUAGUGUUAUGGCACCAGCCCAUCCAGAUUCUGGGGUAACAUUGCCACCUAUUGAUAUAUAGAAGGUUACAACCUUUCUAAAGAAGUUUGAAUCAGGCUGGGGUGGGGGAAUCUAAUAUUCUAGCUGAAACACUACUGAUGAAAAGAAAAAUAUUUUUCCAUUUUAAACCGAUCUGUAAACUACACCUUUGUUUAUAGGAAAAUGCUUGUAAUAGUCGCUGUAAUAUUCAGCUGUGGAAAAAAAAAUUUGUGAAAUAAAUACUUUUGAAUAAAUGA